AUAACAGAACGGCGUGUAUCGGCUGGACUAGGGGAGGGCCCACGGGCGAGGUGACGCGCCCUGCCCACUCGGUAUCUUAACAUUUGUGUGGCAGACUGGCAGUCUGUGUCUAGCUGCUGUAGUGGGAAGACAGGCAGCAAGUCGGCGGAGCCGUGGAAGUAUCCAGCAGCCAGAGCCCAGGCAGCCGUUGGGAGAAGGAAGGGUGUCCGCAUCUGCCGUACCGCACAGCUGCCCGCACCAAUUCAUGUCCACGAUGCUGUCUGAAGACAGAGACUUCAACGGGCUAGGAGAGCAGACGACAGACGGACAGACCAGACUGACUGGUGGCAGCAUGGCGUCCAUACCGGAAUACUACGCUGGCAAGAACGUGCUGGUCACAGGAGCCACGGGCUUCAUGGGCAAAGUGCUGGUGGAGAAGCUGCUGAGGUCCUGCCCUGAGGUCAAAGCCCUCUACCUCCUGGUCAGACCCAAAGCCGGGCAGUCCAUGCAGCAGAGGGUCAGCGACAUGAUGGUGUGCAGGCUUUUCGACAGAGUGCGCGAGGACAACCCCGACUUCCACCAGAAGAUCAUCCCCAUCAGCAGCGAGCUGACGCAGCCGGGCCUGGCCAUCAGCCCAGAGGAUGUUGAGAAGCUCUCCGCCUGCAUCAACGUCAUCUUCCACUGCGCUGCCACCAUCCGCUUCGACGAGCCGCUCAAACAUGCCCUACAGCUGAAUGUGAUCGCCACACAGCAGCUCCUCAGCCUGGCCCAGCAGAUGAACCACCUCGAGGCCUUCAUUCACGUCUCCACCGCUUAUGCAAACUGCAACCGCAAGCACAUCGACGAGGUCAUCUACUCGCCACCUGUCGAGCCCAAGAAACUCAUCGAGUCUCUUGAGUGGAUGGAUGACGGCAUGGUGCGCGACAUCACGGCACGGCUCAUUGGCGACAGGCCUAACACAUACACCUACACCAAAGCCCUGGCUGAGUAUGUGGUGCAGCAGGAGCAAGACAAGCUUAACAUCGCCAUCAUCAGACCCUCCAUAGUGGGAGCCAGCUGGCAGGAGCCUUUCCCAGGUUGGAUCGACAACUUCAACGGGCCAAGUGGAAUCUUUAUAGCUGCUGGGAAGGGGAUCUUGCGCACUAUGAGAGCCAACAACGACGCGGUGGCUGACCUGAUCCCUGUGGACGUAGUCAUCAACCUCACACUGGCUGCCGGCUGGUACACCGCUAAACACAGACCUAAACCAGCUCUGGUGUACAACUGCACAACCGGCGGCAUCAACCCGUUUCACUGGGGAGAGAUCGAGCACCACGUGAUGUUGUCCUGGAAGAGGAACCCGCUGGAACAGGCUUUCCGCCGGCCCAACACAAACAUCACCUCCAACUACCUGAUCAACCAGUACUGGAUCCUGGUCAGCCACAAAUUCCCAGCCCUCAUCUAUGACUUCUUCCUGCGACUCUCUGGACAAAAGCCGCAGAUGAUGCGCAUCUUCAAUCGUCUGCACAAGGCAAUCGGCCUGCUGGAGUAUUUCAGCAGCCGGGACUGGGAGUGGAACUCUGAGAACAUGAGCAUGCUGAUGAGCCAGCUAACCCCAGAGGACCGGAAGACAUUUAACUUUGAUGUGCGGCAGUUGAACUGGCCCGAAUACAUCGAGAAUUACUGCAUCGGCACCAAGAAGUAUGUCCUGAAUGAAGACAUGUCUGACAUUCCUGCUGCCAGGCAGCAUCUGAGGAAACUGAGGAACAUCCGCUACACCUUCAACACCCUGUUGGUCGUUUUCAUCUGGAGGGUGUUUAUUGCCCGCUCCCAGAUGGCCAGAAACAUCUGGUACUUUGUGGUCAGCCUCUGUUUCAAGUUCCUCUCCUACUUCCGCGCAUCCAGUACCAUAACCAACUGAGUCUUCCUCACCGCCUAAAACCAGAUACAGCAGCCCUCUGCCUUUACCUGUCAGCAGGAUGCAACAUCUGAGACUCUGACCAUCCACGAUAGACACUCUAAAUCCUUCUGUUAGUGUGGAUUAGCUGGGGGCUCUCUACAGGUGGGAGGCUACAGUUGUGUGAAGCACUCAGAAGGGAGAAAAGAGGUUUACUAGACAUGAGUUAUUUGUUUAGUUCAGAAAUCAGUACCUGCACUGUUCAGUCACCAGACCCGUCCAAAAACAUUUUGUCAUUCAUGUUGUACCUACCCUUUUCUUCUCAAAGUGGCCAAUUAUAUAUGCAACAAUAAGCCUUUUGUGUGAUUUGUUUUCAUACUUGAAAUAUGGCAGUGCUUCACUGGUGGACGAUUUCUAUAAGAUUAUUUUGGUUCUGUUUUUUACUGUGGGGAUAUCCAGUUCCUGUCUUUACUUGUUUACUUGUCUUUGUCUUGCCUUGCGUGUAUCUACUGCCUUUUUAAGAUUACACCCCAAAAACUAACUGGUGGUUGUCUGUCUUAACAUCAUUCCACAGAUUGAGACUAGUAUUUAAGCUAAAUUCUGACUACACAAAACCGUAUCACUACUUAUACCAAAACCUACAGAUCUGCUAUCUUCCCUGCGGUCGAGGUUGUCACUCAUUUACUAUAACAAACAAUGUCAGUAUGUCUCUGAACAUAAACCUUGUUUGUUUGAAUUCUCACCCACUUUAUGCCUGUUUGUACAACAGUUUGUACUGAAACUAAGUUUACUACUUUUACAUAUUUAUACUUGCGUCAAAGGCUGAUAUAUGUGGUAGACCUUGGCAGUGUAAUAUAUAUAAAUAAGAGUACAUCAGAGUCAAGUUUAUUUGUAUAGCCCAGUAUCACAUUGUACAAUGUCUCCCAGCAGUCCCCAACCAAGCCCAAGUUUUUUAAGAAACUCCCCAGAACCUCAAGGCAUUUCAAAGAGGGACCCCCCUCUCUCCUCAGUCGGGUAGGGGUGAAAAAGGAGCCUCAGGUGGAAAAAUUACAAAUUGUAACAUUAAGUUAUAGUUGGAUAUGCCAAGAACAAUGGGAUUCUAAGAGGUCAAAUGCUAAUGCAGUAAAUCCAAAAUGAAGCAUGGGUCCAUCCAAUCGGUUGUUCCCCCUUUUUCAAGAAGGUACGUGAGGUUGGGGGGACCAAGCUUUGAGCAGGCAAUUUAGUGGAGUAGGGAGUCAGGUCACUUGAAAGAUGGAGGAUUGGAUGGAGUGUAUUGGCGUUCAAUUUGAGUCACAGCGGUAACCAAAUGUUUCUGUGAAAAAUUAUUACCUGGAGAUAUCUGAAAAACCUAAUAGGUCGCUUAACAACACAUUCAGAGUGUUUUGAAAAACCUUGGGACUCGUCAAGCUACCUGGAUGAAAAUAUUCCUUAAACUGCAUUGAUAAAUAGUUGAAACCUAAAUUGUAACACAUUUUUUUAUUUUAGAUAAACUGUCUUAGGAAACUUGCAACUUGGGAAACCAGUUUAAAAUGUUUUUAUCCAUAUGGCUAAAAGGUUUCUUGAAAUGUCUUCAGAACAGAAAUGUAGCUCAGUCUGUUUUAUUAGAGAAAAGGAUGGUGACCGCUGUGAUUCAAAGUUUUUUUUUUUUUUUUUGUUUUUUUUUUAAAGGUUAUUUUUUGGGCAUUUUAGGGGAUUGACAUGCAGCAAAGGGCCACAUGCAGCAGGCUAGCAAGGAAGGAGCCAGUGGGGCACAGAGAAGAUGGUAUAUGCCAUGUGAAGAUGAAGGCACUAUUGACAGAAGAUUUCUUUUAGUUCUUGAGGCAGGCCUCUGGAUACUGAGGCGGUCAUGUUUGUUAAAAAUGGAUAAGAAAGAUCAUAAAUGUAUGUUAAAGACCAUGAAUUAGCAAGGCUACGGUGUUGAAAGCUGUAGUUUUUCCAAUUUAAACCAGAAAAAAGAGCAUUUUGGCUUCUAUAUGUAAGAAAAGUGUCAGUUUUUAAAGUGACCGCUAGUAAACAUGACAAUUUAUUGCAAUAGAGUUUGCGUCAUCUGUAUCAGAGCGAAAACUCAUGCUGAAAAUUCUGCCGAACAGAAUAUUUGAGAAGUAGUGGACCAAGUAUGGAGCCUUGAGGUACAGUAUGCCUUACCUGAUGGGGAGAUGGACUACUAUUUUUAAGCAAGUCAAACUGUCCUGUUUGUCUGGACCUAAAUCACAAAAGUGCUAGGUUAUAAACAAAGGACUUAAGGCUAUCCUCGUAUUGCAUCCUUGACCCCAGUUUAGAAGAUCUGUAAAUUGCUGUGUGGGUCCAAAAAUUGUACUUGACUGAUCUUUGCUUGGUGAGUGUCGUCAGGAUUCCACCACACAGCUUCCCACCGAGUCUACCAAAAGUGUUAGUGUGCCAGGCAAGUCGGAUUUAUCCUAAACAAAUGAGAAAACUGUGUACAGGAUUGUAUGUGUUGCAAGGCUUGACUCUUGACAGAAUACAAAUAAGUUAUGAGCCUAUAUGGGAGAAAAAGGGACACAACUAAAUAAAUGUUUAUGCAAA